ACCGCUACCGAGGUCGCCAACGAAAACCAUCCUCGUCGUUGUUCGUUCGAUCCUUUUCAUCUACCCUCCGUUUCUUUCCACCGCACCAUACACUAGGCUUCUCGGCCUCCCCCGUGAAUUCACCUGAAUUUUCAAAUACCUGCUCGACGCGAGCGCCUUGGUUCCUCCCCUUCCUCUGUUACCUUUCUCUUCAACUUACCUUUCCGCCUUCAGUUGCGGAACGUGCCUGUGUACUUACCGACAGAGAUAAAUAACCCAACUGUUCUAACAUAUCAUAUCACUGUACAUUUGCAACAUUCAUUCGUUGAUUUCAGGUUAAGCGCGUCUAACCAUGAACGAUAUAAGUGCGCGUUCUAAGACUCGUUCGAAAUUCUUUUACUCCGUCUAAUAAAACGAGAACGUUUCGUUCUUCCAACGAAUUGUAAUCUUUAUCGAUGAAACGGGGAUCUUAUUAUUCGUCGAUUAGAAUUCAGCCAAUCGGAAUAGACCGCUGAUAAUGGCGAUAAUGUUGUUAUCAAACUAUCGACAACGUAUUAUAUUAUAAUAUCUGUUCCAAAAAUUGGAUGACAGAUAGGAGACGCCAUAGAUGGAUAAAAAUUUACCGAUAACUCGUUUGAAUUUUGUUAUAUUUUACUUUAAAAACGGAAAUGCCGAAAUCCCGCUCAAAACUAAAGUACAUUGAUAAACGUGCUACGUGACAGUAGAUGGAGCAACUGACUGCGCUGAGUCAGUCAGCUUGACGUUUCGAUUGAAGGCGAGUAACGAUCGAGAAACAGAAAGAGAAAUAAAGGAGAGGAGAGAAGGAAGAAGAGAUAAUCGUAUCUUACCUUUACUUUACUUUAUUCGCCAAAAUGAACAGACUUUUUGGUCGACCUAAAACGAAAGAACCACCGCCGAGUCUCACCGACUGCAUCGCCGGGGUCGAUAGCAGGGCGGAUACUGCGGAGAAGAAGAUAGCAAAAUUAGACGCGGAAUUGAAGAAAUACAAAGAUCAAAUGGUUAAAAUGAGAGAAGGACCCGCGAAGAAUGCGGUUAAGGCUAAGGCGUUACGCAUCCUAAAGCAGCGUAAGAUGUAUGAAACACAGGUGGACAACUUGCGUCAACAGGCCUUUAACAUGGAACAGGCAAAUUAUGCUACCCAAACACUAAAAGAUACUCAGGCAACUGUAGUUGCCAUGAAAGAAGGAGUUAAACAAAUGCAAAAAGAGUUUAAAAAUAUCAAUAUAGAUCAGAUCGAGGAUCUCCAAGACGACUUGUCCGAUAUGUUGGAACAAGCGGAUGAAGUCCAAGAAGCGUUGGGUCGCAGUUAUGGCAUGCCGGAUAUAGACGAGGAUGAACUAGCCGCCGAAUUAGAAGCUCUCGGAGACGAUUUAGCCAUCGACGAAGAUACCAGUUUCUUAGACGAUGCGAUCAAGGCACCUAGCGCUCCUGACAAAGAACCUGGCGCCAGCUCAGUCAGAAAUAAGGAUGGCGUAUUGGUGGACGAAUUUGGUUUGCCACAGAUACCAGCUAGUUAAGAUGUCGUUUCGUAAAAACAUCGACCGAUAUAAGUAAAUAUUAUGUAUAUGGGUAUAUCCAAAGAUGAUUGGUUCUUGAACGACUUUCGACUUUCAGAAGCUUUUGCUACGUACAUAUGUAGUACACAGACAACGUACUAAGUAUUCCGAAUUUCUCUAAAUCUAUGGAUAUAAACUCGCGCAAAUUGUACAUUUUCGAUGAACGGAACGUAAUUUCGUUGUUGCUAAUAGAUAUGCUAUGUUAAUAUAUUUUUAUUGCUUUCUGUUCAUGUUGUUAAUGUAUAGAUCAAGUUAAAUAAAAUUGUCUAAUCUAAGAAUUUAAACGAUCUGUAACCGAGAAAUAUUCUUCUGAGUUUGGCUUUGCACUUCUGUGUACUGCAUAAUUAAGUUUGAGAUUACCUCUUUACUAUCAAUGAAAUGCGUUUCUUCGAAACCGCAUACUUGCGUGUAGUGAUACACAUGUGCCUGCAACAUAAUCGGUAUGACUCUACAAGCUUACUUCAUAAGUUUCGUGUUUGUAUAUACAGGGUGAACCGAUAACUUUGACCGCCUUAAUUAUUUUCUUUUAUUUACAAAAGUUAUAUGGUUGGCUAUAAUUUUUUAAGAUUUCAACAAUUUAUAAUUCAAAAUCAUUUCUGAUACCGAAGGUCCACCCUGUAUAUGUAUGCAUGCUCGUUUUAACGUUACCUUCCUUCUAUACAGUCUAGUAAACUGAUCUAUUAUGUUUUUAAAUAACGAUAUCAUCGAGGAAGAGUUUAAAAGACUCAACAAAGAGGUUGAGUGCCCAGCUGGAGGUACGGAACACAAACCUACUUUCAUAGCUUCGUUGCUCCACUCCGUGAACGUAACUUUUUUCCGAAAUCUGGAAAUUCAAAUAUAAUAUUGCAUACAAUGAUUUCCAAGUGCAUAUAAAAAAGUGCAUUAUCGACAAAUUACACGAGAUAUUUACCUCUCGAUGUUUCGUUUUAAAUCGUUUACAGGGCAGUUUCCUCUAGCGAUAUGUGCAGCGCUUAAAAUCAUAGAACCUGAUCGUAGCGGGUCUAUUUUAAUCAAUUGAUUAUUUCGUGACCAUGCAUUGGUAAAUAUUUCAUCUAUCAGCCUUAAAGAACAUAUAUAGAUUACGUUUUUAUAAUCUCAUACAAUAAUAUCAUAAGCUAAUAUGUACUUUGUUUCUCGCAUAUUGCACAUCGUCGGCGCUGAUAAUGCUAAUGGACUAACGCUGCUAAAUAUAUAAUGUAAUUUUGGGUACGGUACAAGAUUCGUCGCUAUUUCGUUCAUAUCCAUAUUUAAAUUGCCAGGGAACCUAGAUCCGCUAAAAAACGUGACUAUUUUCAUAAGAUUUACUUGUUAUGAAUAAAAAUUUGUGAAAUUAUUCUAAUUACCUUGUUAAAUGAAGAAGCAUAUUUGCAACAAUGCUGUUCAUAUCUUGAAAUGGUUUACACGAGAUAUUAUAGUUUAUCUGAUCUGUGUUACUUUUUAUUUUCAAUUGUGCAUUGCAUAUAUCCAAAAGGGAUUCGUUUUCAAUAGGAAAUACACAAGUCGCAUAAUCUAUAAGCUCUCGAGUUGACAACAAUACAUUAUAUGGAGCUGUAACAACAUCUUGCAUAACAAUUGGAUAUACGCAAGAUACUAGUCUGUAAUGAUAACAAUAACAACUACUAAAAAGUUAAUAAAAUAACGCUAGUAAUAAUAAAAAUCAUAAUGAUAAUGAUGAUGUCAAA